UCGUAUAAGGUCAUACCUUGUCAAUUUCAAGCAAGCACUAAAUAUCCAUCCCUUUUCUCGCGUUGGCGAAAACAAAAGGAAAUAAGUGCUUCUGAAUUUUCCCGCUUAUUUUCUUCCGAUCUCAACAAUGGCUCCAAAAUCCGAUAGCGCAGACGCGAUUGUCUUGAACUUCGUCAACGAGCAAAAUAGGCCACUGAAUACGCAAAACGUAGCGGAUGCAUUGCAAAAGUUUAAUCUGAAAAAGGCAGCGAUACAGAAAGCGUUGGAUAAUCUUGCUGAUGGAGGAAAAAUUUCAUUCAAGGAGUAUGGUAAGCAGAAGAUAUAUGUUGCUCGGCAAGAUCAAUUCGAGAUUCCGAAUAGUGAAGAGCUUAAUCAGAUGAAGGAACAAAAUGCUAAUCUGCAAAAGCAGCUUGAAGAACAGAAAAAGGCUAUUAGUGAAGUCGAAGCAGAAAUUAAAUCGUUGCAAUCAAAUUUAACACUGGAACAGAUCUGUGAAAAAGAAGUGGACUUGAGAAUGGAGGUUCAAGAACUGGAGGUCAAAUUGAACAAGUUACGCGGAGGUGUUACUUUAGUGAGUCCAGAAGAACGCAAGGCAGUUGAGAGCAUGUUAUCAGAGAAAAUAAGUCAGUGGAGGAAGCGAAAAAGAAUGUUUAGGGAUUUAUGGGAUACCCUCACUGAGAACUCACCUAAGGAUCCUAAAGAAUUUAAGGAGGAGCUUGGAAUCGAAUAUGAUGAAGAUGUUGGGGUGAGUUUGCAGUCAUACAGUGACCUGAUCCCGCAAGGUAGGAAGCGGCCAAGGGGACAGUGAUAUAUUUAUCGAAACUCUGAAAUCUGUUCUUACUAAUCAAUAACACAGGUAUUAGGUAUAUAGAUUAUUAGCAGUUUCUUACCUUACUAAAGACUAAUGCAAAUUACAUAGCCAAUGUAAUGUAAGUCUUUACAAAUUCGACAGAUUUUUGGAUUUUAGUCUA